AUGAGUGAAAGUCAUCGUUAUGCAGCCAAUGAAUUCAGCUAUAUUCUUCAACGUCAGGAAAGUGACGUUUCAACAACAGAGGGUUAUCCCUUUAAUGAUUUUAACAAUUUAAUGAAGAAUGACCAACAACAAACGCAACAGCAUCAAUAUUACAGCAAUCAACAACAAUUGGAACAACAACAACAGCAACAGCCAACAAGUCAACAAUAUACUCAUCAUGAUGGUCUAAGAGAUGAAAGUAGUGGAGCAGGUGGCGGCGGCGGAGGCGGUGGCCACCCACAACAAAUGCCCUUAGAUACGACGCUGGGCGAAACACUGUCAUCAUUGCCUCAGGCUUCUUUUAACUACAUCAACUCGAUUGUGGGUAGUGGCGUUAUUGGCAUUCCAUAUGCGUUUCAUCGUGCUGGUUUUGGCCUUGGUCUUAUGUUGCUCAUACUUGUUGCCUACAUAACGGACUAUUCCCUCAUAUUAAUGGUCAAGUGUGGUCACAUUUGCGGACGUUUUAGUUACCCCGGCAUUAUGGAGGCUGCCUACGGCAAAUACGGUUACUACCUAUUGUCCUUGCUGCAGUUUAUGUAUCCGUUUUUAGCAAUGAUUUCCUAUAAUGUGGUUGUGGGCGAUACUCUGUCCAAGGUGCUGGUGCGCCUCAUACCCUCCUGGGGCUCAUCGAUGGGUGCUGUUCGCUUGGGUGUGGUAUUCUUUGUAACGGUUGGCAUUGUUGUGCCCCUCUGUCUCUACAAGAAUGUUUCACGUUUGGCCCGGGCAAGUUUCAUUAGUUUGGCCUGUGUCGUUUUCAUUCUAUUCGCUGUGAUUAUCAAGCUUAUAUCGGGCGAUUAUAAAAUUACGGAUACUGCGGAAUCUUGGAAAUUUGCAAAUUCUGAUGUCAUUCCUGCUACAGGCAUUAUGGUAUUUGCAUUCAUGUGCCACCACAAUACAUUUCUCGUUUAUCAAUCAAUGCGUAACGCAACCAUGGAGCGUUGGGAAAAGGUUACUCAUAUAUCAAUUGGUUUUGCCUGGACGGUGGCAGCUCUAUUUGGCAUUGCUGGCUAUUCGACAUUUAGAGCGUUAUCACAAGGAGAUUUACUGGAAAACUACUGCUGGAAUGAUGAUCUGAUGAAUUUCGCACGUGUACUCUUCUCCAUUUCAAUACUAUUAACAUUUCCUAUUGAAUGUUUUGUCUCACGAGAGAUUGUAAGACACAUGGUGCAUCGUUUUGUGCUCAAGGAGCCCAUCAGUGAGUUGACUGAUGAAAAAGAUCCCAAACAGGAAAAAGGAGCUGAAGUUGAUGAGUACUCGAGAAAUAUCACACUGGCUAUAGUGUUUAGUGCUUUUGUUAUUUCACCCAUGACGGAGUGUUUGGGUUCGGUAUUGGAAUUGAAUGGUCUUUUGGCUGCCAUACCUCUGGCUUAUAUUCUGCCCGGUUUGGCGUACAUACAAAUGGAUCCAAAUCCCUUAUUAAGCCGCGAAAAGUUACCUGCUUUAGGUUUAGUCGUAUUCGGUGCAUUAGUUACUAUUUUGGGUGCGGCCGUUUUAUUGCCCAGCAUCGAUGAAGAUUGUCGGGCCGACAUUGUGAUGGAUUAUUGUAAAAAUUCCAAUGUGCGUGAUAAUGCAACACUAACAACUUAA